GGUUGACUUUGGGGGGGGGUGGUGAAAAAACAGCCUACCAGGCAGUUCCUUCCUGAGUAAGCUGUAGAGCCAGGGACCUUCGGGAAACAAGUUCUGUUCAGAGGGAGGAAUAAUGUCCCAAGGAUCAAGUAGGAGCCUGGGCAAAGGAAGCUCCCCCCCGGGGCCUGUACCAGAUGGAAUCGUCCGUGUCUACAGCAUGAGAUUCUGUCCUUUUGCCCAGAGAACUCUUCUUGUCCUGCAGGCCAAAGGAAUCAAGCACGAAAUCAUCAACAUCAACCUGAAAAACAAACCUGAGUGGUUCUUUAAGAAGAAUCCUUUUGGUCUAGUACCAGUUCUGGAGACCAGUCAGGGUCAACUGAUCUAUGAAUCUCUUAUCACUUGUGAGUAUCUAGAUGAAGCCUAUCCAGGGAAGUUGUUUCCAGAGGAUCCCUAUGAGAAAGCUUUUCAAAAGAUGAUUUUGGAGUUGUUCUCUAAGGUACCACCUUUGUGUUUGGAUAUUUUGAUAGGAGUAAGGAAAGGAAAAGACUGCUCUACUCAGAAAACAGAACUCUGUGCAGUGUUCAGCCGCCUGGAGGAGGUUCUUACUUGUCAGAAGACAACUUUCUUUGGUGGGAACACUAUAUCCAUGAUUGAUUACCUCAUCUGGCCCUGGUUUGAACGUCUGGGACCAUAUGGGAUGGCAGACUGUGUGGACCACACUUCGAAACUUAAGCUCUGGAUAGCAGCCAUGAAGAAGGAUCCUACAGUAACAGCUCUCCUCAUGGAAGAGAAAACUGUGCAAAAUUUCUUACAUCUCUAUUUUCAGAACAGUCCUGAGGCCUGUGAUUAUGGUCUGUGAGGGGACAGUGAUCAGCAAAAAAGGUUCUAUACCUUGCCCUCUGGGUUUUUCUCCGUACUUAAUAAAAAAUAUAUAUCCUGCAUAUAA